UUCGAAGAAGCAGUCAAAAUAUUCAAAGAUGGAGAUAUAUAGUGAGGAGGAGAAAAGUGCCUUACGCCACGCCUUUUGUGUGUGUGUGUGUUUAUACUAUUAAAUGAUUCAGUUACUGUCCUUAAUACUACUUAUCAUAACACCAAUGGCUAAAGACUACGUUUCAUUAUCUGUUCCCAAGUUCUUGCUGCUUCUUCUUAUCAUGUGUCAUAAUGAUGCUGAUUCUGCCAACAUCAUCAACCAUCUUCCUGGUUUUGACGGUCCACUUCCUUUUGAGCUCGAAACCGGGUAUAUUGGUGUUGGUGAAGAAGAGCAAGUGCAACUGUUCUACUACUUCAUCAAGUCUGAGAGGAAUCCAGAAGAAGACCCUCUCCUUAUCUGGUUAAGUGGAGGACCUGGUUGCUCUUCUAUCUCUGGUCUUCUUUACGAGAAUGGGCCUUUGACUGUGAAGCUUGAGGUUUAUAAUGGAACUCUUCCUUCCUUGGUCUCUACUACAUAUUCAUGGACCAAGAUUUCGAGUAUAAUAUAUCUGGAUCAGCCUGUUGGAACUGGCUUCUCCUACUCAAGAACUCAGCUUGCUAAUAAACCAAGUGAUUCUGGAGGAGUCAAGCUGAUCCACGAGUUUCUUCACAAGUGGCUAGGCAAGCAUCAAGAGUUUUUCACCAACCCUUUCUAUGUCAGUGGAGAUUCUUACUCCGGUAUGGUUGUUCCUGCACUCGUUCAAGAAAUCUCAAACGGAAAUUACUUAUGCUGCAAGCCUCCGAUAAACCUUAAGGGCUAUGUGCUUGGAAACCCGCUAACAGAAACUGAAAUUGAUUAUAACUAUCGCGUCCCUUAUGCUCAUGGAAUGGCACUGAUCUCUGAUGAACUCUACGAGUCGAUGAAGAGAAUCUGCAAAGGUGAAUAUGAAACUGUUGAUCCAAGUAACACGGAAUGCUUAAAACUCGUUGAAGAAUAUCAUAAGUGCAUUGAUGGAUUAUACUUCGCAUUUAUCUUAACGCCAUUAUGUGAAGAAUCUAAAGAUACGUCUCCUGAUUGCUAUACUUAUCGGUACGUGUUAACUACCUACUGGGCCAAUGAUGAGAGCGUGCGCAGGGCUCUUCAAAUCGCUAAGGUAUUGCAUAUGCCAAAAGUUAAAAUCCAUUAUCUUUUGGUAAUUAACGAGGAUGUAUGGUUGCAGGAGAGUAAAGAGGAAUGGGUACGUUGUUACUGGGACAUGCCUUACACUAAUGACAUUAAAAGCAGUGUGCCUUACCAUAUGAACAACAGCAUCAGUGGCUAUCCUUCUCUCAUCUUCAGUGGUGAUCAUGACAUGUAUAUGCCUUUCCUUGGAACUCAAGCCUGGAUUAGGUCUCUUAACUAUCCUGUCAUUGAUGAUUGGAGACCUUGGAUGAUAGGCGAUCAAAUCGCUGGAUACACGAGGAGUUAUGCCAAUAAGAUGACAUUUGCUACUAUCAAAGGAGGGGGACACACUCCAGAGUAUAAACCAGAGGAGAGUUAUAUCAUGUUCCAAAGGUGGAUCAAUGGUCAACCUCUUUAACAUGACAAAUAUUAUUCUAUUAAAGCAUCUUUAUAUAAUAAGAUUAUCACUUUUGUAGUUGGUUGUAUCAAUUUUUUUUAAACGUUUGUAUCAAAAUAUUCACCUAGCUAGUAGCACAUUUAUGCUUGAUAUAAUGUUGGUUUGCAUAAACAAUAACACAUAAGGAACAUAAAGAAAUUG